AUGAGCUCCGAGAGAAAGCGCCCCACGGAACAAAUCCAUUGGUCUGCUGUCCCGGACAAGAAGCCAAAAAUUGAAGAACAAUCAGAGCCGGAAGCUGAACUUCCGAAAAAGGCUCCCUUGCCCGAAUCCGUGGAAGUUGUUAUCAGUUCUCCGGCCCCCAGAGGAAAACGAGAAACGGUGGUUACAGAAAGCGGCGAGAAGUGUGAGUUGAUAGCAAGGAAGCAGUCACAUUAAAUGAUUUUUUCAGUCACCAUUGUGAAACUGAUUGCUGAGGGAACCUUUGGAAAAGUGUACCACGUAACUGAUAAAAACGUACGUUCAAAACUCGUCUUUCGUCAUUAUAUAUCAUUUUUUCAGAAGAAGGAAUGGGCUAUGAAACUGUCGAAGAAAAGAAAUCGUGUAGUUCGGUUUUAUGAUCACGAAAAGAAAGUGAGUUACCUAUUCUCAAUUUUAUUUUUAUAACGUGAUUUUCCAGAUGAUGGAUAUGAUUGGCUCAGAAAACCACAAAAACUUGAUGCCGAUGUGCACUUUCGGAGAACUUACUACCAAUUUGGAUAAUUGUUCUCCAUGGAUGAUUCUCAUGCCACUGUUGGGACCUUCUGUCCGCGAAGUGAUGGAGAGGGCAGAUGACGCUAUUCUGGGCGUCUUCCAUUCUUUCCCUGUGGAGGACAUAUUCACUAUCGGGAAACAACUUUUGGAAGCCUUGGAGGUUCUCGACCAAUUAGGAUUGUUUCAUUUGGAUCUAAAACCUGAAAACAUACUUUUCAACAAUCCGAAUCUGGAUGUUAAAUUAGAAAAAUUUAAUAACAGCACUUACCAUACCGUGGUCAACGACUUGCACAUCAGGCUAGGAGACUACGGUAAUACAACCAUCGUCACCAGAGGCGAGGAGCAAUUCGGAAAGGUUCAGACACAAUACUACCGAGCUCCCGAAAUAUUCCUUGGUUAGUUGUGGCUUUGGAAAUUUAAUUUCAAUCUUUUUUUUUCAGGACUGCCAUACAUAGAAACAACGGAUAUAUGGUCAGUCGGCUGCGUACUUGCCGAGCUCUACACGGGCGAAAUUUUGUUCAAAGGGCCGAGAAGUAAACCGAACAGACCGGCGGAUAUCGUGCAGUUCUUCAUGAUGAUGGAUGUCCUUGAUAAGGAACCAUCGCUCGACCAGAUGGCCGAAGCGGAAAUUAUGCAGUAAGCAAUAUUCCUGGUAUCGAUAUGAAUAAUAUUUUUGUUUUUAGAAGUCCACAGUACUUGAGAAUAGUUGCUAAUCGCAGUUGGGAAGAUCAAGUGGGACCAUUCCUAUUGCUCAAGGUGAGUUGAAAAGUGAUUGGCUGUUUUUAAAGUAUCUUGUUACAGGAAAACAUCCGUAUAGAUGACACCCAGGAAAAUGUAGAAUAUUUGUUCAUCGUCAUCGACUACUUACUCAACUUCGACGCAAAGCGCCGGCCUCCUGCCUACUAUGCAAAGAAAUACCUCUAA